CCAACUCCUAACUCAAAAAUAAAAAGAUUAAAAUGAAAAAUGGUUGAUGAGUUGAAAUAUUGGCCAAUUGUUUAUGGCCGUUGAAAGAGGGUUUUAUACUUGUUCAAACCUUUAUUACACAUUCGUCAGACUUGAUGCCUCAUGAUUCUAUUAAAAAAUUAUUCGAACUUCCUCGUCUCUAGACAUGGAAGGCUUCGUUUUUUCUCAGCUUCCACUGUUGUUGCCAUGACAGAAACCCUCUGCCAGUCUCAAUUUCAUGAAGAAACAUCCCUAAAUCAACAUACCCAUGUACAGAAGCCAUCCCACUGUCAGUUUUCGCUCUCUUUAGACCCUAAGUUUUAUAUUUCUUCACUCCUUAGCUGCAAAAACAUCUUUCAAGUCAGACAAGUUCAUGCCCAAGUCGCUGUUAAUGGUGUUCUCCUUAACCCCAUUGUUGUAAACAAACUACUUUACAUAUAUGCCCAACAUAAAGCUAUAACCGAUGCUUUUGCAUUGUUUAAUAGGAUGGGAGUCCGAGACUCGUUUUCUUGGAGUGUAAUGGUUGGUGGGUUUUCUAAAGUUGGUGACUUUAUAAACUGUUUUGGAACUUUUAGGGAGUUUAUUAGAUGUGGCAUGAAAUUAGAUAACUAUACUUUGCCUUUUGUAAUAAGGAGUUGCAGAGAUAGGAAGGAUCUUGUAAUGGGUAGAUUGAUUCAUGACAUUGUUUUGAAAUCGGGGUUGAAUGUAGAUCACUUUGUGUGUGCUGCUCUUGUUGAUAUGUAUGCAAAAUGUGGUGCUAUUGAUGAUGCUAGCAAAGUGUUUGAUAAAAUGUUGAACAGGGACCUUGUGACAUGGACUGUGAUGAUUGGUGCAUGUGCGGAGUGUGGAAACGCUAAUGAAUCAUUGGUUUUGUUUGAUAGGAUGAGAGAGGAGGGUGUUGUGCCGGAUAAGGUAUCUAUGGUGAGUGUUGUUCAUGCUUGUGCAAAAUUGGGAGCUGUGAAUAAGGCUAGACUUGUGCAUGAGUUUAUAAAUCAGAAUAAAUUUCCUUUGGAUGUGAUUUUGGGGACAGCGUUGAUUGAUAUGUAUGCCAAGUGUGGUAGUAUUGAUUCUGCGAGGGAAAUCUUUGAUAGGAUGCAACAAAAGAAUGUAAUUACAUGGAGUGCAAUGAUUGCUUCUUAUGGGUAUCAUGGCCAGGGAAGAAAAGCUCUUGACUUAUUUCCUAUGAUGUUGAGUAAUGGGAUAUUACCGAACAAGAUCACCUUUGUCUCACUGUUAUAUGCUUGUAGUCACACAGGUUUAACUGAAGAGGGUCGUCGCCUUUUUUCUUUGAUGUCAGAUGAUUAUGGUUUUGAGCCAGAUGUGAAACACUAUACUUGUAUGGUUGAUCUCUUGGGGCGUGCUGGUAGACUUGAUGAAGCCUUAAAAUUGAUAGGAAGUAUGAAGGUUGAAAAAGAUGAGGGGCUGUGGGGUGCUUUGCUUGGAGCAUGUAGAAUUCAUAAGAAUUUAGACAUGGCAGAAAUGGCUGCAAAAUCCUUACUUGAACUACAACCACAGAAUCCAGGGCAUUAUGUUCUACUUGCCAAUAUCUAUGCAAAUGCAGGUCGGUGGCAAGAUAUGGCAAAGACAAGGGAUUUGAUGACCCAGAGGAAAUUAAAGAAAAUCCCUGGUUGGACUUGGAUUGAAGUGGAUAAUAAAGUUUAUCAGUUUAGCGCUGGUGAUAAGACUCAUCCUCUUUCAGAGGAGAUUUAUGGAAUGUUAAAGACCUUGAGUAAGAAGUUGGAGUUGGCUGGUUAUGUACCUGAUACAAAUUUUGUGUUGCAUGAUGUUGCUGAGGAAGUUAAGCUUGGAAUUUUGUAUACACAUAGUGAAAAGUUAGCAAUUGCGUUGGGCCUUAUUGCCACACCUGAAGGAACUCCAAUCAGGAUUAUGAAGAAUCUGAGGGUUUGUGGUGACUGCCACACAUUUACUAAGUUUGUUUCAGCUGUAACAGAGAGGGUGAUUGUUGUUCGAGAUGCAAACCGGUUUCACCACUUUGAAGCUGGGGCCUGUUCAUGUGGAGAUUAUUGGUAAACAGCUCAAUUUACAUUGGUGAGUCAUUUUUGUAAUUUGGUUCUGUCAGCUGCCUUCUCCACUGCCCAAAUGGCAUUGACCAAUGACACAGACAUCAUUGUUGGCUUGGUCUUCUUUCCAGAUUUUGCCGGUGUUCAUGCCAGAGUUGCCAUGUCUCUUGUUUGGGCGCAAACCACCUGAAACUCUCAAGAUAAUGAAAGUCAGCCUGGUUGAAUUUCCUGGCUUGAGAGAGUAGACUAUUCUUAUGCUGUGCUGCAACAUACUUCUAGUUCUUUCAGUCCUGUUCGCAGCCAUCUUCACUCUGCUGAGCACCUUUUUUUUCCUCCUUUCAGGAGCCCUAUCAGUUGGGGUCUUUUUCAGUCUCAGGUAAAAGGCAGGGACAAUCUCUUGGUUGGUUUUUUUUACCAUCAGAAGUGAAGACUAUAUCCUGGCAAAGGCUUUUUGACAUGAUGUCUCCACUUUACAGAAGAGGUAACAUAUCUGAAGCAUAUUGAAGAAUCAUGAGAUUCAUCAACAAUUUGCAAUUCAUUUUUGCAGCCCUAGGCUGGCAGAUUCUUUGGCAACAACUAGCAAGAGUUCUUGUAAAUAAGGGAAGCAGACACUUCAAGUAAAUGGCUUCUAUUUACUAUUUAUGCUUUGCCUUGAUUAUUUGUCAAGCCAUAUUGUACUAAAAAAGAGAGCCACAUUGUGAUUUUAAUAAGAAACAAUAACUUCUACUUUCAAUUUUGCAGUAAAGACAAUUUAUAUAUGAUUAAUAGUGGUAAUUGUGUGAAUAUAUAUUACAACUGAACUUGCAUAUUUCUUAAGAUACAUAUAGUUUGAAGUUAUAUGACAUCAGAGAUUCCCUUUUAGGUUUUGAUAGAGCUCUAAUCACAUUAGUGUAUUCAUGCAGGCACAAAGGAGGAGAAAAAAGGGGACAAUUAGUGGGUGAGUCAAGAGAAGAACUGGCCCAGGGAAAUUUCAAAAGCACUUGAGUAGGACUGCGUAGCUGAAUGUGAUUGGGGGGUUGAGUAAAACUGUUAGGAUAGAGAAUAAAAGAGUAUGAGAGAAUAGUGAAUCAAGAGGCAUCUGGAUAUUUUUGUGAUGGUUUAUCCUUGUGGAGAGAACUGGCCUCUCCAAAUGCCAGUGUUUCCAUGGUUUGUUUCAUCGGUAGAGAUAUUCAAUCAAUUUUGCUGUAGUUGUAAAGACGAUAUUCAGUCAUUAUAGAGAUAUUCUCCAUCAUCUUCA